AUGCCGACGGCCGGCUCUGGCGAGCGUUGCGCGUCCGAGGGCCACUGGACCAUCAAAACUGAGGACGGGGUGACGGUGACGCGGCGAGGCAUAUGGCGAGUGUGCUACGCGUCCGCGAACUGCGUCAACUCGCCCGCUGUAGUCCGCGGGCCGGUGAUCACCGACGGGCUGAAGAGGGCGUCCUUCUCCCCGUCGCAGCUGAAAGAGCGGGGGUCCUACCGCCUCUGCUACUGCAGCGCGGCGCAGGCCGACCCGACGGGCCUGCUGGCGGCGCCGUGCGACGCCGACCUGUCGCCGCCCUACGCGCCCGCUGGUGUUUUGUACAGCCUGAGCAUCGACGAGGCCCCAGCCGGAGAGGCGCUCGCGACGUGCGGAGUGGACAACAACGGCACUUUGCUCUCCGACUGCGCCUUCCAGGUCACGUCCGCGCGGGGGGACCUCCAGAAUGUCGACACCGUGGCCUUCUACCCUGGUGUGGUCGACUCGGACGUCGGCAUCAGCAAGCUCCUGCAGGACCACUGGACCAUUGUCUUCCGCAACCAACCCGUGAACUAG